AUGUCAGCUGUUGUCCCAACACAAGGGUCAAAUUGUUGCUCUGUUUCGCCUUCUCGCUAUUGCCACUCCUGGAGCUUUCUCUUCGACGUUUUCCGGCUGUUCUCGUCUAACAAUUACGAACUUACAUAG